AAGAGCAGAAGAUUCAGAAGAAAAGAGUUUGCACAUCGUAUCAUGUCAAAGUUGUCUGACUUGGAAAUGAGGAUUCGCCCUACUGCGACCUAACACUUUCACCUCUGUCCCUCGGAAGUGCCGCCUCAACCAAGGCAACGGAGAUGAGGGCGGCUGCUUCUUUACCAAAUAGAAUCCAAACAAGAUCAUUUGAGCUUAGGACGAGAGCUGAUCAUUGGAACCUCCGUCCUUGAAAAGUCAAUGAGAAUAUAGAUAUUCCUGGUACAAGUUUCGUCGAUGAAAGGUUUGGCGUAAGGUUGUAUUUAUAGUACCAAAUGAGCCUAUUGAGUUAAACACAUGUGCCAUAUCUGCUAUGGAGAGAGGGGUGGAAAAGCCUUGGCGCCCAGCCAACAAAAGGCACCCACCACCCCUCGUGUACCCAUUUACUUUUCUGUCUGCUCAACCUCCUCCCACAACCGCGAGAUGUGACAGAAUGACGACCAUGAGAUUGACCACUUUGUUGCCUUUUGGCCUGCUCCCCGAUAUGCUUGUUCUACCAUGACGCGCACUGUUAUUCUGAGUGGGAGGCCGCGGAUUGACCGAAUCACCUCGCCGUCCUACGAACCAAAGCUGAUGUCCCGAGACUGAACACUUUGUCUGCCUUGUCUCCUCACUUCCUCUCUGUCUUGUACCAGCGUUGGGAUAACUCGCCCUUCCUUGCCUGUCAGAAGCCAGUGCAGUUCUGGUUGUUCAUUGAUGGCUGAUAGCCAGGCGCAUAGCUCGAUACAGAUGAGGGGGACGGUUGUGGCAGAGCCGUUCAAUGGGAAUACUUCGGUUCGGCAUGGCAUUCGCGACUGGUCAAAUGGGAAGCAUCCGCGGUUCAGCCCUCUGGAAAUCGGGCACUAUUCAGCACCGCCGCAGCCCAACAAUUGGCUGACCAGAUGAGUGAAAUCCUAAGCCUUCGCUCACAACCGAAUAAGUGUGCUGGCCGAAGUAUUAUCUAUCGCUACCAUCGCACUUUAUCAGUUCGUCAACCCAGUCGAUGCUCUCCUCGCUCAUUCCGCUCGUCACGUCUUCCUUAUGGAUCCAUUAUCGUUCACGGCUAGCCUCGUUGCCGUAGUAGGCCUAGCAGGAGAGGUUGCAAAGACCUGCAAAAGCUACAUUGACGGCAUCAAGAACCAUCCGCGCGAAAUCCGAGUCAUCUUCAUCGAACUUACCUCGCUCACCUCAGUAUUAGAAGGAUUGAAGAUACUACGCGAAGAGGAUUUCGAAGACGCACAAAUCAUCAGACAACUGAGAGGACAUGAUGGACCAAUACAAGGGUGUCAAGAAACGAUUCGCAACUUACACGGUCUUCUCAACCUGAACUCGGCCUCUGGCACAGCUGCACCUGGAGGCAGUCGUUCUAAGCGCAGACGGUUGCAGGCGAGGCUGCCAACUCUGGAUGAACUCGCCUGGCCUUUCAGAAGAGACGAAGCAGUGGCCUUACUGAAGGCGAUCGCAACACACAAGCAGACCAUCGGUGCAGCUCUCACUGCAUCUGUAUUAUCCGAGGUUCAGUCGAUGAAAGCGAAGCUCGAUCGAGCGGAACAGGACAGACUGCAUGCCUGGCUCGUCCAAAUCAACCCUUCUUCAAAUCACAACACCGCAAACAGCCUCUAUGAGACGGGAACCGGUGACUGGAUCUUCCGCUCCCAAGAGUGGAACCUUUGGGUGAACAAACAGUCCAAGGAACGCUCUCUUUGGAUACACGGCAUCCCCGGGGCAGGGAAGACCAUCCUUACCUCUCAUAUCAUCGAGCACCUCACAAAUACCAAAUGUUCGGGCAAAGUGGCACUCGUCUACUAUUACUGCUAUUACGGCCACAACCAGGAUGAAACCUUUUCCUUCCUCCGAUGGCUUAUCAGCCAACUCUGUCGGAAGUCUGACACGGUCUCGAGCUUGACCUACGGUAUUUACCGAAGCGGUCAAGAUCCCAACAUAACCAAACUCCUCUCAGCGCUCCUUGCGCAACUUGACAGUUUGGACACGGUAUAUGUCGCGGUCGAUGCCUUGGAUGAGAGUCAACAGCCACGAGAUAGGAUGCUCGAUGUUCUUCGUACACUGGCUACCGAUUCGCGAUUCCGGAAGAUCCGACUGUUGACCACUAGCCGUGAAUAUGCCGACAUUGAGCGAGUCAUGGCACCCGUCUCCCUUUCCGUGCCUACUUCACAUGAGGAGGUGGAAAAGGAUAUUCGAGUCUUUGUCGAAGGAAGCAUCAGUCGAAGCAACAGUUUCAAGCACUGGCCCGACGAUCUGAAGCUUGAGGUGGUUGAUGCACUUGCCAAAGGAGCAAAAGGCAUGUUUCGUUGGGCGGUCUGCCAGUUGGAUAUUCUUCGUCGCCUCAACUGCGCAACGCACGAAGACGUCAGGGAAAUGAUCAAAACUCUCCCCAAGGACUUGGACGAAACCUACAUGAGGAUCUUGAAUCUUAUUCAUCCAGAUGAUCUCGAACUUGUCCGAUUCACCAUCCAUUGGAUCAUCUACACGGAAAAUCUGCGCGGCUACAAUCUAAUUACGCUAGAUGUUACCGAGGUCUUAGGUGCCUUUGCGUUGCAUAGUUCAGGAUCCUCAGAACGGGCUAACCAAAUCUCUAUCCCUUGUGACCCCGACAGGCUUAAAGAUUGCUGUGGUUGCCUUGUUUCUUUUUUUGAACCCUUCGAUGAGGUUUAUUGCGAUCUCUCCCACUACACCAUUAAAGAAUUCCUCACUUCCAAUCGAUUCAAGCCAUCAGACCAGCUCAAGUGUCUCGACCUUGCAACGAUGAAGACUUAUCUGCCCAAUGCCAUUCUCCGAUGGCAAAUUGAUCGCAUCAAAUGCAAUGCAGAAGGCUAUAUAAAUAUUUUCAGUUAUGAGUGCUUAGCCCGACAAGUUUUGUCCGCUGAAGAAUUCUUGGAUUACCAGCUGGCAAUCCGUUUCUUCCUGAUAAAUGUGGCCCCAGACACCGACAUACCUUAUAUUUCCAGCGAUUCCCGGCGUCUAGUCAUGUCGGUUAUAUAUGGAAUUGAGUGGGUUGGGGAUAGACCGUCAGACGAAAUCAUUGUUUUACUCCGUCUUUUAGUCGUGGGGGCCUUCCAUUUAUCUCGAUCUCUGCUUGAAACUGUCGGCAGUCACCUUCUUUGCUCAUCCUUGGACUUGAUAUGGUAUGACUAUCACGUGUGCGGCAGCAAAGACAACCCGAAAAAGAUGAAAUUCGUGGGCAAUGUUGUCGAGUUUCUAGCUACCAUUUUCUUGACUUCACCUGCUGCGUUGUUGUUUCUACUGGAAAACUACUAUGACGACUUUGUACAAUCUGUCGAUCUGAGUGGAAUAUUGCAAUCUUUUCAAACCGGCCGCAGAGAAAGCCUUGACUGGUUGAGAAAAGAAAAACCAUGUAACUAUAGCAAAUUCAUCGAGGAGGAGGAGGAGGUCGCUGCGAAGGUAGUUCAGAAGCUUCAGAAUAUGGGCGCGGUUUCGAUGAAUGAGGAUCCAGAGUCAGACUUGGAACCAAACGCCGAUUCAACGACAGAACCGACAGUAGUAGAAUCAGGCAUGGAGUCGCGUUAUCGGCCAAAAAGGUGGCUUGAUGUUGUUUUGAGAAAUGAGAGCAAAGAGGAAGUUGGGUCAUGAGGUGACUGUCACCCUUCUACAGCGCAACACACCAAGAGACUGGUCAAUAGGGCACACAAGAUUUGAACAGAAUAUACCCAUCAACACAGCUCAGUAAUGUUUCUUCACUUCUCUACAUCCUGGCCAUCUCUUCCUAGCGGUACUUCAUCCGCCGAAGUUGGCUUUUUUUCGUCCGAACCGCCGUCACUUCCAACCGAGCCGCGAUGUGGACGAAUCGUGGAGUCAUCCAACGGGCGACCAACAGCAUCGUGCGUGGCAUCCCACUCAGACAACUUAGCAACUGGUACCUUGACAAGUCUGUGACUCUGCGCACCAUCAUCAAGUCGCAGAACCUCCUGACGAAUGCGAUAGCCCCGCAGCUUCGGGAUCACGGAGAUCCAGAGGUAGUAGUAGAUGGCGCAUGCGAUCAAGCUGGUACCUGCGUCAGUUGACCACUCAUUUGCUUCAAACCGCGGCGCCUUUACGAAAUGAAAAGGGAAACCGAAAAACCUGGACUUACAUUCCGAUACCCGUGACCACAUAGGUCCCGUACCAAAAGCUGACAUCUCCCGCGUACGCUCCUCCCGCGGGUGGAUACCACGGCAUGACGAUUAGGUACAGCUGCACCAAGAUGUUGAACACGACUACAAGGUCCCAGGCUUUGAACUCAGGGCGGGGAAGGUUGAGCCGAGACCGUCGGUACCGGACGACGUACAGACCUAUUCCCAUGAUCAACUGAAAGAAGGCCGAAGGCAGGACUUGGAGAUCGGUAAUGAAGUUGAAGGCGUCACCAGCGGGAGGCGCCAAAAUCAUGAGGAUGGUCAGCGCCCAUUUGACGAAGUACGGUCCAAGCGGAGUGCCAAAGGGGCGGGUAGAAGCCCAAAACCGUGGGAAGGGGAGCACGCCUUGCCUGUCAUCACCGAAAGAACAUGUGUCAGCAAUUACCAUAAACAUGACCGGUAAUCAGAUUCCUCGAGACUCACCUCCCGCACUCCCUAAUCAACCUCGACGACCCAAUCAACACAGCAAUCAGAUUCCCAAACGAGCUCAAGGCAAUCAGGAAAUUCAGCCCUCUCACCGCACCACUCGACCCAAACACCUUGGUAAAGAACAGGCUCGCCGCAAUCUGCUGGCUCUGCACCAGCUCAUCCUUUGGCACGGCGGCAAAGUACGCCACAUUCGCCAAGAUGUACAGAACUGCGACGAUGAGCAGCGCGACAAAUCCGUUCCUUCUGAUCUGCUUCACGGGGCUCUUCACCUCGUUGACGACGUUAAAGGCAUUUUCAAACCCGGCGUACGAGAAGAUGAUUUUGUACAGCGCAUUGGUGACACCAUAGGGCGUUGCUUGACCGGAAAAGGCGUCGCGGAAGUUGAUACGGGGGUCGGGGAUCCGAGUGGUGGAGACAUGCCCGCCUAGCACAACCAGGCCGGUUAUGGAAAUGAAGAUGAGGGUGAGGACUUUGAUGAUGCCGAUGCCGUUGGCGAAGAGGUAGGAGAGGCGGGUGUGGAAGGACACGACUGAAAAAUAAAAGGGAGUGAGUUAGCAAUGAGAGAGUGGCAUAGACGUAAGAGUGGAAAGAGACGUACACAAAGCGGCGACGGUGUACCCGGCUACAGCUACGCCUUUGAGUUCCCAAGCUGUUGGAGAGUGGCCGUUUAUUCUGAACAAGUACUGUGCAAGGACUGCGCGUUGUUCGCAUUAGUCAGUCCAACCAUUUUUUUCCCUGAAAGCUUCGGAGAUGGAACAAGCAAAUCACUUACCGAUAGCAUUACUGCUACUAAACGACAACGCCACCGACUGAAACGCAAACGCCGUCGGGAACAGCCAUCUCGGUCUUGGGUACGCCUGUUCCAGGUACACCACCUCAGACCCCGAUCGAUUCGGGAAGUAUGCCGCAUAUUCGAGAUACACCGAGAGAUUCGCAACCGACGUCAAGAAGCCGAGAGCCCAGAAGAUCAUGGAUAGGCCCACGGAUCCGGUACCUCGAAGAAUGUUUGAUGCUGUAUAACCGUUUCCCGAGAGAACAAGAUCGAGAUGGGACGUAAUUAACACCAGCCCAUGAUAGCACGGACGGAAAACGCAGAAGAAGAAGGGAAAAACUUGAGGGGUGGCUCACGAGUCGAAUACACGCCUGUGCCAAUCAUCUUGCCGAUGUUGAGCAUGAUGAUGGACAAAGGGCCGACGGAGUAUCCCAGCGGAGAGUUGACUUCGACCGGCGCGCCCGUGGCUUCUUGGUAGGCAGGCGGAGAGUCGUUGCCGCCUUUUUCGACGGUGUAUUUGAGACUGCCGUCGCUGACGGUGCCGCCAUCGCCGUCGAUGGGCCCAUUGGGUCGAUAGUGGGAUUCGCUUUUAGCAAGAUCAUCGCCUUGCCGGCGAG